AUGAAGAUCUCCCUCAAAGUCAACAAAGUCUGGGAGCCUAUCGAUCCUGGAAGCAAACACGAGGAGGAGAAUUACAUGGCUAUUGCUUUGUUGUUCCAAUCCAUACCUGAGGCGUUAACUUUGCAGGUGGGCGACCUUGAUACAGCUAAAGCAGUCUGUGAUGCAAUUAAAGCUCAGCACGUUGGAGCAGAGGGAGUUAGAGAAGCACGAUUGCAAACAUUAAUGGCAGAAUUCGAUAGAUUAAAGAUGAGGGGAGCUGAUACAAUCGAUUCCUUCGUCGGAAAGCUAUCCGAAAUCUCAGCAAAAUCUGCUUCUGUUGGCGAAAUCAUGGAAGAACUGAAGCUCAUAAACAAGUUUCUGAAGAGUUUGCCGAGAAGGAAGUAUAUUAAUAUUGUUGCAUCCCUCGAACAAGUUUUAGACCUAAAUACAACAAGUUUUGAGGAUAUUGUUGGCAUACUAAAGGCAUAUGAAGACAGAAUAUCAGAGAAUUACAGUGGUGGUAGAGGAAGAGGACGAGGUGGACGGUAUAACUGGAGAGGAAGAGGACGAUACAGCUCGUUCCAAAGUCAAAGAGAAGCAUACAGACAAGGUCAAGACGAAACCGCGGCACAUAUUACAUGUUUUAGAUGCGAUAAACUCGGUCGCUACGCAUCUGACUGUCCCGAUAUAUUGCUUAAACAACAAGAAACCACUGAGAAGAAAGAAGAAGAGACUCAGGAAGAUGACGAAUUGAUGAUGCAUGAAGUUGUUUACCUUACCGAACAAAAGGUAAACCCAAACAUAAUCGAAACAGAGCAAGACAUGAAUAACUUGUGGUAUCUUGAUAACGGAGCAAGCAAACAAAUGAGUGGAAACCGAACGUUCUUUAAGGAACUUGAUGAAGGGAUUACAGGAAAUGUCCGUUUUGGAGAUGAUUCACGCAUCGACAUUCAAAAAAAAGGUUAUAUCAUGUUUAUCUUUGAAGGAGGCGAGAAGAAGAUAUUGAACAAUGUAUACUAUAUCCCGGGAUUAAGAAGCAAUAUUGUAAGUUCGGGUCAAGCCACAGAGGAAAGUUGCGAAGUGAGGAUGAAAGGCAAUCUACUGAUGCUCUUUGAUCGAUUAGGAAAAUUAAUGAUUCAAACCAUAAGAGCCAAGAAUAGACUGUACAAGGUAAUCUUGCAGGCCGACAAGAUCGAAUGUCUACAAAUGACGCUUCCCACGGAGUCAUCGAGAUGGCACGCCCAACUAGGUCACAUCAAUACGGAAACAAUGAAGGCGAUGAUCAAUAAGCAACUAGUCACCAGCAUACCCCACAUCGCGAUAGCAUUAUUAAUGGAGAAGAGUGAAGCACUCAAAAAAUUCAAACGGUUUAAAUCGCUUGCAGAACAAGAAACAAAGGCGGUGGUGAAAGUGUUUCGAACGGAUAGGGGAGGCGAGUUCAUGUCAGACUACUUCAUUGUUUACUGCGAUAAGAACGGAAUCAACAGACACUUAACGGCUCCAUACUCUCCACAGCAUAAUGGAGUCAUUGAACGACACAAUCGUAUACUGUUUGAGAUGACGAGAAGGAGAAAAAAGCUUGAUGAUCGAUCUAGAACUUUGGUACAUCUCGGAACUGAGCCCGGCUCUAAACCUUAUCGUCUGUUCGACACUUUUAAAAACCGGAUAAUAGUAAGCCGAGAUGUGAUCUUUAGCGAAGACAAAGAGUGGAGCUGGAGUAAAGUUGAUUUGAAGGAAGACUCUGUCUCUUUCUCAUUCGACAUAAGAGGUAUCGAAUACAAUGAUAAAGCUCGAGCAAUGAGCAAGAAUGAGAUUGAUGUUGAAGAUAUUGAUAACGUGGAAGACGUUGAUGAGGAUGAAGAAGAAGAACAGUCUGAGCCAAUGGUAAGAAGAUCGACUAGAGUAAGCACGGAGCCAACAUAUCUUGACGACUAUGUUCUUCUCGUAGAAGCCGAAUGUGAAAGGCUACUGAUGAUUAUAAAUAAUGAACUGUGGGAUUACAACGAAGCUAAGGAGAUGAAAGUAUGGUUUGAUGCUUGCAAGGAAGAGAUAUGCUCAAUCGAAAAGAACAAAACUUGGAUACUAGGCUUUCAAAGAUGCUCGAAGGAACCUUCCCACAACACAAGAGAUGAUAAGGCAGGUCUUCUUCUCGUAUGCGUCUAUGUAGACGAUCUUCUUGUCACUGGUUCGAAGCCGCAGUCAAUUGUUUCUUUCAAGCGGGAGAUGGCGAGCAAAUUUGAGAUGAGCGGCCUAGGAAGAUUAACAUACUACCUAGGUAUUGAAGUUCAUCAGCAUGAAGGAGGAAUCACAUUGGUGCAUGAUCGAUAUGUGCGAAAGAUUCUUGAAGAGACUGGCACCGAAGGUAUCUCAUGGAGCAGCCCUAAAGCAAGUGUUACAAUAUCUGCUUGGAACAACUUCACUAGGCUUCAGUUUUCGCGAGCAACAUGGCAAGAAUUGGUAGGUUACAGUGACAGUUCGCACAAUGUUGAUACCAAUGAUGGUAAAAGUACUACCGACCAUAUGUUCUAUCUUGAUGAGAGUCUGAUAACGUUGUGUUCGCAAAACCAAGAGAUCGUUGCAUUGUCAUCUUGUGAGGUAGAAUUCAUGGCUGCUACAGAGGCUGCCAAGCAAGCAUUUUGGCUGCAUGAGUUACUCAGUGAAGUGAUCGGCAAGGCUUGUGAGAAAGUUACAAUACGGGUUGAUAAUAAGUCUACAAAUGCACUUACUAAAAAACCUUGUAUUUCAUGGUCGCAGUAA